CAGCCGAGCGCUGACCUUCCGCUUCAAAGGCAAAGAAGAUCCAUUUGAAUACGUUCAUAAACUCUCCAUUCGAAUGUUUAAAUAUCCGCCUGCAGAUAUCCUCACUGCGGGCUACUUGAUAUCCGAGUUUCGUCCGGAUUUGAUCGAAGAAAUCAUGAACUGCAUCACUCCGGAGAACUUUAGAUACUUUAUCGUUAGCAAGAAGGUUGCAGAUUCUUGCGAUAGCAUUGAACAGUACUACAAGACUCCAUAUGGUUGUGAACCUAUUCCGCAGGAAAAAAUUGAGGCCUGGAAAAACUGUGGUCUCAAUGGAGCUUUGCAUUUGCCUCCGAAGAAUCUCUACAUACCAACUGACUUUUCAUUGAAGUGCGAGUUGAAUCCUGACCACGAGGAUUGUACUUUGGGUCCACGAGUCAUUGAAGAGGCUCCAGGAAGUCUUCUGUGGUUCAAACAGGAUAGCAACUUCAAAUUGCCAAAGUCCUUCAUCUGCUUUAAUUUAAUCAGCCCAAUUUUGUCGCAAGAUCCAAUUCGAGAUUUGAUGUUGGAGUUGUUUGGAGGCCUCUUCUUCGAUUUUGUGAAUGAAAAUACCUAUCAGUACUCCCUUGCUGGUCUCGAUUUUGAGGUCCCAACUAUACCACCUACUCUGCGGUUGAUGUUUGCUGGCUACAGUCACAAGAUGCCUCUUCUGGUCGAGAACACAGUGAAUGCCUUGAUGCAAUUCACGAAUCCCGACAAGGAACGCUUCGAUGUGCUGCUGAGAAAAUUGGAAUUGAAGGUAAAGAACUUCACUUCCUAUUCAGCCCUUGAACAAGCUGAUCGCCAUAUGGUAACUGCGCUCUACGAUCGCUCUUAUCAGCAUGAGGAUCGAGUAGCCGCUGUGGAACUUUCAGCACCAGAUAACUACUCUGUCAACAAUUCCAGAUGUAAUCUAUCUUCACCUCCGUGUGUUGUUGGAAGUAAAGCUGGGGUAUACUUCAUCGUAGACCAGGAGGACCUGCUUAUAAUACUCAAAGUUCCUUCAAUUUUGCAACUACGUCUCCCUGAUAAUAGCUCGAACCUUUGCUAUGUAAAUUUUACAAAUCCUCCGCAUUUCCAAGCUAACAAUUAUCACUCCUCUCCUGAUCGAAUACACUCCUGGAGUCUUAUGGCCAUCACCAUUUUCUACCGUUGUCGUUGGUGCAAUGCCACUGCCAUUGACUUCUUUCUUCUCCUUCUAGAAAUAACCUACGAAGAUCUGUUGCAAUUCAUAUCCACCGUCUUUAACAGUGUCUACGUUGAGACCCUAGUUUAUGGAAAUGAAGAUACAGAAAGUGCCCUCAAGUACAAGCAAAUAAUUAUUGAUGCUUUAAAGAAGUACACUAGAUGGCGUCCGCCAGUGUCCUCCCCUACUCCAUUCAUGCGUGAGGUAGAAGUUCCCACAGGCCAUCGCGAUGGGUUGAACCCUGUUCCAGUUCAUGAUGACCUUAAUACAUAUGCAAAUGGGUUAGUAAUAUGCUGA